CUACAUUGCAGCAAGAUGUGGAGGGGGCUAAUUGGGCUAAUCCUGGGGAAUACUUGAUAGCUGGGGACUGGAAACGCAAACCUAUUCCAGGUUCCCUGUGCUGCGGUUACUGCUAGUCCUUUGCCUGCUGUUUACCUCACGUUUCCAAGCAGGAGACCCAGCAGAAAGGCAGCAGGAUCCAGAGCUGUAGAGCAGCUGCCGCUAGCCCUCAGCGGCCUCCUGCCCUUUGGAGCCCUUCCAACAUGUUUAACUUGAAGAAAAAGGACAAAGACAAAGAUGGGUCGAGGAAGGACAAGAAGGAAAAGAAGGAGAAAAAGGAGCGGAUGUCGGCAGCCGAGCUCAAGAGCCUGGAGGAGAUGAGCCUGCGCAGGGGCUUUUUCAACCUCAGCCGCAGCUCCAAGAGAGAGUCCAAGUCCCGGCUGGAGAUCUCCAACCCCAUUCCCAUCAAGGUGGCCAGUGGCUCAGACCUGCACCUCACUGACAUAGACUCAGACAGCAACCGGGGCAGCGUGAUCCUGGACUCGGGCCAUCUCAGCACAGCCAGCUCCAGUGAUGACCUCAAGGUGGACGACACCAACUUCAAGGGCUCCGUCCUGCAGCGGGCGGCCAAGUUCGGCUCCCUGGCCAAGCAGAACUCCCAAAUGAUUGUCAAGAGGUUCUCCUUCUCCCAGAAGAGCCGGGACGAGAGUGCUUCGGAGACCUCCACACCCUCCGAGCACUCUGCAGCCCCUUCCCCACAGGUGGAGGUGCGCAUGCUGGAGGCUCAGCUCAGCAAGCAGGGAGCACCCGUGGGCCACCUGAGGGCCCCCUCAUCAUCGGCGCUGCGAGCCAGGGUGCCCGAGGUGGUCAGCAAGAGGUUUGCUGCUGAGCUGAGGCUGCCCGUGGUGGUGCCGCCCCAGCCCCCUGUUCCCCGGGAGCUGGAGCUGCAGCGGCGUAACACUGGUGACUUUGGAUUCUCUCUGCGUCGCACGACCAUGCUGGACCGGGCCCCUGACGGGCAGGUGUACAGGCGGGUGGUGCACUUUGCGGAGCCGGGUGCUGGCACCAAGGACCUGGCAUUGGGGUUGGUGCCGGGGGACCGGCUGGUGGAAAUCAACGGCCGGAACGUGGAGAACAAAUCUCGGGACGAGAUCGUGGAGAUGAUCCGGCAGUCAGGGGAGACUGUGCGGCUGAAAGUGCAGCCCAUCCUGGAGCUGAGCGAGCUGAGCCGCUGCUGGCUGAGGAGCAGCGAGGGGCUGCGCAGAGCGGCCUUGGAUCUGGAGCCUGUGGCCUCCCCGUCAGCACAGAGUCAGGGACAGGCGGACGAUGCCCCAGCAGCCACGUUGGGCCCAGCCUGUGCUGCAUCCCUGCCUCAGGCGAAGACGGAGGAGCAGAUCGCUGCCGAGGAGGCCUGGUAUGAGACGGACAAGGUGUGGCUGGUCCACAAGGAUGGCUUCUCCUUGGCGAGCCAGCUGCGAGCAGAUGAAACGAGCCUCCUGCCCGAAGGGAAGGUGAAGGUGAAACUGGACCACGAUGGGGCCGUGCUGGAAGUGGACGAGGAUGACGUGGAGAAGGCGAACCCGCCGUCCUGUGACCGGGUGGAGGACCUGGCCAACCUCGUCUAUCUCAAUGAAUCCAGCGUGCUGCACACGGUGCGCCAGCGCUACGGCGGUAACCUGAUCCACACCUACGCCGGGCCCACCGUGCUGGUCGUCAACCCACUCAGCUCCCCCUCCAUGUACUCUGAGAAGGUGAUGCACAUGUUCAAAGGGUGCCGCAGGGAAGACAUGUCUCCACACAUCUACGCCGUGGCCCAGGCCGCCUACCGCAACAUGCUGAUGAGCCGCCAGGAUCAGUCAAUCGUCCUGCUGGGGAGCAGCGGCAGUGGCAAGACUGCCUGCUGCCAGCACCUGAUCCAGUACCUGGCCACCAUAGCUGGCAGCACGGGGAAGGUCUUCUCUGUGGAGAAGUGGCAGGCGCUCUACACCAUCCUGGAGGCUUUUGGCAACAGCAGCACCAGUAUGAACGGCAAUGCCACUCGCUUCUCCCAGAUCCUCUCGCUGGACUUCGAUCAGGCUGGCCAGGUGGCCUCAGCCUCCAUACAGACGAUGCUGCUGGAGAAGCUGAGGGUCACCAAGCGGCCGGCCAACGAGGCCACCUUCAAUGUCUUCUACUACCUGCUGGCUGGCACGGACAAUGCCCUCAGAACCGAGCUUCACUUCAGCCACUUAGCAGAGACCAGCGUGUUUGGGAUUGUGCCACUGUCCAAGCCGGAAGAAAAGCAGAAGGCAGCCCAGCAAUUCAGCAAGCUCCAGGCUGCCAUGAAGGUGCUGGGCAUCUCCAGCGAUGAGCAGAAGGCGUUCUGGCUUGUCCUGGGGGCCAUCUAUCAUCUGGGGGCCGCAGGAGCCACCAAAGACACCGACGAAGCUGGGAGGAAGCAGUUUGCUCGGCACGAAUGGGCCCAGAAGGCUGCUUACCUGCUGGGCUGCAGCCUGGAGGAGCUGUCUUCAUCUGUCUUCAAGCACCAGCCCAAAGGGAGCCUGCAACGAUCCACGUCCUUCCGCCAGGGGCCCGAGGAAGCCGGCUUGGGAGAUGGCUCAGGCUCCAGGCUGACGGCUCUGGAGUGCUUGGAAGGCCUGGCCUCGGGCUUGUAUUCAGAGCUCUUCACGCUGCUCAUCUCGCUGCUGAACCGGGCUCUCAAAUCCAGCCAGCACUCCCUGUGCUCCAUGAUGCUUGUGGACACCCCAGGCUUCCAGAACCCCGAGCUGGCAAACCAGAGCCGCGGGGCCAGCUUUGAGGAGCUGUGCCACAACUACGCCCAGGAGCGGCUGCAGACGCUGUUCCACGAGCGCACCUUCACUCAAGAGCUGGAGAGAUACAAGGAGGAAAGCAUAGAGCUUGCAUUAGAUGACAUAGAGCCCAGUACCUCUGGCUCUGUAGCCACUGUAGACCAAGCCUCACACCAAGCACUGGUGCGCUCCUUGGCCCGCACGGAUGAGGCCCGUGGGCUCCUGUGGCUGCUGGAGGAGGAGGCUUUGCAGCCUGCGGGGAACGAGGACACGCUGCUGGAACGGCUCUUCGCCUACUACGGGCCCCAGGAGGGAGAUAAGAAAGGCCACAGCCCGUUACUCCGAAGCGACAAGCCCCGCCACUUCUUCCUGGGUCACAGCUACGGCACCAACUGGGUGGAGUACGACGCCACGGGCUGGCUGCAUUACGUCCGGCAGAACCCAGCCUCUCAGAACGCCGCGGCUCUCCUGCAGGACUCUCAGAAGAAAAUCAUCAGCAGCCUGUUUAUGGGCCGGGCCGGCGCGGCCAUGGUGCUGUCGGGGUCCAUCGCCGGCUUGGAAGGCGGGUCCCAGCUGGCCCUGCGCAGGGCUACCAGCAUGCGCAAGACCUUCACCACAGGGGUGGCAGCGGUGAAGAAGAAGUCGCUGUGCAUUCAGAUCAAGCUGCAAGUGGAUGCUCUGGUUGACACCAUCAAGAAGUCGAAGACCCACUUUGUGCACUGCCUCCUGCCCAAAGCGGAGGGCUGGAGCGGGGACCCCAAGGGGCUGGCGGCCCGGCGGAUCAGCAGCAGUGAGCUGGACCUGCACGGGGAGCACUGUGAGGCGGGGCUCAUGCAGCUUGAUGUGCCCCUGCUGAGGGCCCAGGUCCGGGGCUCCCGGCUCCUCGACGCACUGCGCAUGUACCGACAAGGUUACCCGGAUCACAUGGUCUUCUCGGAGUUCCGGAGGCGCUUCGACGUUCUGGCGCCUCACCUGACCAAGAAACACGGGCGGAAUUACAUCGUCACGGACGAGAAACGGGCUGGGGAAGAGCUCCUGGAAUCGCUGGACCUCGAGAAGAGCAGUUACCACAUGGGCCUGAGCCGGGUGUUUUUCCGGGCAGGGACCCUGGCCAAGCUUGAGGAGCAGCGAGACGAGCAAACGAGCAAGAACAUUGCGCUCUUCCAGGCUGCGUGCAGGGGCUUCCUGGCACGCCAGCACUUCAAGAAGAGAAAGAUCCAGGAGCUGGCUAUCCGCUGCGUGCAGAAGAACAUCCAGAAGAACAAGGGGGUGAAGGACUGGCCCUGGUGGAAGCUCUUCACCACGGUGCGGCCCCUCAUCGAGGUGCAGCUGACAGAGGACCAAAUCCGCAGCAAAGACGAGGAGAUCCAGCAGCUGAAGGGCAGGCUCGAGAAGGUGGAGAGAGAGCGCAACGAGCUGCGGCUGGGCAGCGACCGGCUGGAGAGCAGGGUGGCAGAGCUCACGGCGGAGCUGACGGACGAGCGGCACACGGGUGAGUCGGCCUCCCAGCUGCUGGAUGCGGAGACGGCCGAGCGGCUGCGGGCGGAGAAGGAGAUGAAGGAUCUGCAGGUCAAGUACGAGGCGCUGAAGAAGCAGAUGGAUUCCAUGGAAAUGGAGGUGAUGGAGGCGCGGCUCAUCCGGGCGGCCGAACUCAAUGGGGACCUCGACGACGAUGACUCAGGUGGCGAGUGGCGGCUGAAGUACGAGCGAGCCAUCCGCGAGGUGGAUUUCACCAAGAAGCGCAUGCAGCAGGAGUUUGAGGAUAAGCUGGAGGUGGAGCAGCAGAGCAAGAGGCAGCAGGAGAGAAGACUGGCAGACCUGCAGGCCGAUAACGAGGAGUGCCAGCGUGCCCUGCAGCAGCUGAAGAAGAAGUGUCAGCGCCUGACGGCAGAGCUGCAGGACACCAAACUGCACCUGGAGGGGCAGCAGGGGCGCAGCCAUGAGCUGGAGAAGAAGCAGCGCAGGUUUGACAGCGAGCUCGCCCAGGCUCAUGAAGAAGCCCAGCGAGAGAAGCUGCUGCGGGAGAAGCUGAGUCGGGAGAAGGACAUGCUCAUCGCAGAGGUCUUCAGCCUCAAGCAGCAGCUGGAGGACAAAGACUCCGACAUCAUGAGCUUCACCCAGAAGGUGGAAGCCCUGGAGGCCGAGCUCCAAGAUGUCUCCUCCCAGGAGUCCAAGGACGAGGCCUCCCUGGCCAAGGUGAAGAAGCAGCUGCGGGACCUAGAGGCGAAGGCCAAGGACCAAGAGGAGGAGCUGGAUGAGCAGGCCGGGACCAUCCAGCUGCUGGAGCAGGCCAAGCUGCGGCUGGAGAUGGAGAUGGAGCGCCUGCGGCAGACCCACUCCAAGGAGGUGGAAAGCCGCGAUGAGGAGGUGGAGGAGAUCAGGCAGUCGUGCCAGAAGAAGCUGAAGCAGAUGGAAGUGCAGCUGGAGGAGGAGUACGAGGAUAAGCAGAAGGUGCUGAGAGAGAAGCGGGAGCUGGAGAACAAGCUGGCUGCGGCGAGUGACCAGGUCAGCCAGCGGGACUUGGAGACGGAGAAGCGGCUGCGCAAGGAUCUGAAGAGAACCAAGGCGCUGCUGGCGGAUGCCCAGAUCAUGCUGGAUCACCUGAAGAACAACGCGCCCAGCAAGAGGGAGAUCGCUCAGCUCAGAAACCAGCUGGAGGAGUCUGAAUUCACCUGCGCGGCGGCAGUCAAGGCCCGCAAGUCCAUGGAGGUGGAAAUUGAGGAUCUUCACCUGCAGAUCGACGACAUCUCCAAAGCCAAGGCAGCCCUGGAGGAGCAGCUGAGCCGGCUGCAGCGGGAGAAAAACGAGGUGCAGAGCCGCCUGGAGGAGGACCAGGAGGACAUGAACGAGCUGAUGAAGAAGCACAAAGCAUCAGUGGCCCAGGCCUCCCGGGAUCUGGCCCAGAUAAAUGAUCUCCAGUCCCAGCUGGAAGACGCCAACAAAGAGAAGCAGGAGCUGCAGGAGAAGCUGCAAGGGCUGCAGAGCCAGCUGGAGUUCCUCGAACAGUCCAUGGUGGACAAGUCUCUGGUCAGCCGACAGGAAGCCAAGAUCCGGGAGCUGGAGACCCGGCUAGAGUUCGAGAGGACCCAAGUCAAACGCCUGGAGAGCCUGGCCAGCCGCCUGAAGGAGAACAUGGAGAAGCUGACGGAGGAGCGGGACCAGCGUGCAGCCGCUGAGAACCGGGAGAAGGAGCAGAACAAGCGGCUGCAGCGCCAGCUGCGGGACAGCAAGGAGGAGAUGGGCGAGCUGGCCAAGAAGGAGGCCGAGGCCAGCCGCAAGAAGCAUGAGCUGGAAAUGGACCUGGAGAGCCUGGAGGCCGCCAACCAGAGCCUGCAGUCGGACCUGAAGCUGGCGUUCAAGCGGAUCGGGGACCUGCAGGCCGCCAUCGAGGACGAGAUGGAGAGCGACGACAACGAGGACCUCAUCAACAGUUUGCAGGACGUGGUGACAAAGUAUCAGAAAAGAAAGAAUAAACUCGAGGGGGACUCAGACGUGGACUCGGAGCUGGAGGACCGCGUGGAUGGAGUGAAAUCGUGGCUCUCCAGGAACAAAGGCUCCUCCAAAGCAGUCUCUGAUGACGGCAGCUGGAAGAGCUCCAGGCCGGCCCUGAACUCGGCCCCCAAGGAGGGGAAGGAAGGCAGAGAGCCCAAGGAGGCCGAGGAGCGGCCGGUCUCUGUCACGAGCUCCCUGAGCUACAGGAAGCGGCUCAACCUGAAGGACUCUAUUGGUGGCCAGGGGGACUCGGAGACACUCUUCACCACCCUGAGCGAGCGGCCGGCCUCCCCAGAAAGGUCUUUCCGCAAGGCCAAGCGCAGCUCGGCAGCCAGCGGCCAGGAGGAGACUGGCUCUGUCAGCUCGUGGAGGAAGUCCCUGGGCAGCGAGGACCCUGAUGACAGGGGCUCCAUCAUCUCACAAGCCUUCUCGGAGGCCAGCAGCAGAGCCCGGAAGGGGCUGGAGAAGAGGUGGUCUGUCACCACAGCUGACUUUGACCAGGCCUCUGCCCUGUCCGCCCCGGCCAGCCGGACUGCCUCCUCCCGGCACGGGCUGGAGGCUGACGAGGCCGACGCCAGGUCCACACUGAGCUUCACGCUUUCAAGCCCGGGCAGCUUGCGGCGCAGCACAUCCCGGCUCAGCGAGCCGCUGGCUGGCGUCUCUGGUGCCCUCAGCCCCCCGCUGAGCCACCGGGCAGAGCUGGGGCUGGAGACCUCGACCCUGGGCAGCCGGGUUGACUCCCGGCUCUGCCUGAGCAGGAGCCGGCUGGAGGAGUUGGAUGACAUGUCUAGUGUGGCUCUGAGCGACACCCGCUCCCUGUACAGCCAGCACUCGCUCGGGCGCAGCUUCUCCGUGCCCCCCCGGCCCAGGACCUCCGCCUCCGACGAGCUGCAGCUGGAGGCCUCGGACAUCCGGCCUGUCAGCCACCGCUCCUACCUGGACCCUGACCUGGAGGCUGCCAUCAACGAGGUCCUCAACUACAAGCCCAUCAAGUUCAAGCGCUCCAGCUUGGACCCGGACCCGGACUCGGAGGAGGACAAGAGGAGCGUGCGAAGCGCCAGGAGCGCCGCACGGCCGGAGAGCUCGGAGCGCUCCUUCAGCAACCUGCGCCGCUCCGCCUCGGCCUUGGACUGCUCCCGGCCGCGCAGCCGCAGGGGCCCGAGGAGCAGCAGCAGCUCCGAAGAGGACUCCUCGGAGGAGGAGGAGCGCAAGAAGAGCGCCAGGAAACAUGCCAAGAAGAAGUCCAAGAAGAAGUCCAAGAAGAAGCAGCUGCCUUCGGAUUCGGAGUCCUCCUCGGACUCCUCGUCCAGCUCCUACCACAGCAGCUCCAGCAUCAAGAAGGGCCCCAAGAAGAGCCCAGCCUCCGAAGGGGAGGGAGCCGCGGCGGGGAGGGACGUGGAGAAAUCGAGCAAGCGCCUGAAGAAGGAGGAGAAGCAGCGGAAGAAGCAGGUGGACAGCCUGAUGAUGAAAUACCUCUACCGGCCCGAGAGCGACUAAGGCACCCCCCAGGCUACCGCCGAGCGUUCGCCUGCGACAAAUGGGAGGAGGAGCGAGCCCCUUUGGAAAGCAGGCCCAGGCCCAGGUACAGUGACAGCGACCCAGAGAGCAAGCCAGCAGAGACCUCAGCAUAGCCC